AUGUGUAUCCCAGCCUUGUUUUCCAUCGCAGGCAACCUGCUGGUUCUGGUGAUGGCCUUCAAUCGUUCUUCUCGCAUGAAGCCUCCUGAGCUUCUGAGCGUCAACCUGGCGAUGACGGACCUUGGGGCGGCAGUCACCAUGUACCCAUUGGCCGUGGCCUCGGCCUGGAGCCACCGCUUCCUUGGAGGGGACGCUGCCUGCCUCUAUUACGGACUGGCCGGCUUCUUCUUUGGCGUGGCCAGCAUUAUGAACCUCACACUCUUGGCCAUUGUGCGAUUUGUGGUCUCCCUGGACCUGCAGUCACCCAAAAACAAGGUGAGCUGGCGUCAGGUGAAGAUUCUGUGUUUGUGGUCUUGGCUGUACGCUCUCUGCUGGGCUCUCCUGCCCGUCCUGGGUUGGGGUCGCUAUGGUCCCGAGCCUUUCGGGCUGUCCUGCUCUCUGGCGUGGGGCCAUCUGAGACGCGAGGAUUCCUCCUUCGUUGUGGCCAUGUUCUCCUUCAACUUGGCUCUGCCCGCCGCUGUCAUCAUGGGCUGCUACUUCAGCAUCGCCAUCAAACUCUACUUCGCCUACAGGAAGUCGCUGGGACACGGGCGACGUGUGCCCAAUGUGCUCAAGCUACACCGCAGGUUGCUUACGAUGGCGGUGCUGAUCAGUGUGAGCUUCAUCGUGUGCUGGUCUCCAUACAGCAUGGUGAGCUUGUGGUCCGCCUUAGGUCCCGGGGACCCCAUCCCGCCUCAACUCAGCCUAUUGCCCUGUAUCUUCGCCAAGAGUUCCACAGUCUGCAAUCCUGUCAUCUACUACAUUUUCAGCCAGAGCUUCAAAAGCGAGGUCAAGCAACUGGUGCGGUGCCAGCCUAAAUUAAAGCCAUGUUGUGGCAGCAAGGACGGCGAGGGUACUGGAGGGGGAGACGGAGGAGGAGGGUCUCCAUCAGGAUCCAAAGGAGCGGCAGCGACUACAUUGGUUUGA